GUGGCAGCUGGCGCUCGGGCCAUUUAAAUGUGUGUGAGGGAGACGGUGAAAUGGCUGCGCAGGUCGCUGCAGUGCGCGCCGUGUCCCGGGGCGCGGAAGAGACGCCUUCGCUCCCACUUGGCGACCGGCCGGGCAGACCCAGGGGAGGGGGGAGGAAGCGGAAAGGCCCGCCGGGGGAGCUCGGAGGGUGCAAGAGGGCCAAGCUGAGCCAGCAGCCGCUCGUGGUGGGGCCCGCUCAGGCGGAGCCGCCGCCGCCGGCCGCUGUCCCCGGCCUGUCGGCGGCGCCCUCCGUAGCGUCCACGGCAGCGGGGCUCUUCACUUUCUCCCCCCUCAGCCUCCCCGCGCAGGCCCCGCGCUGCGAGCGGCGGCAUCACCACCGGCACCGGCACCGCCCGGACAGCGCCGACUGCGAGCCCGGCCGCUCCUCCGGGGGGAAGCUGCACAAGGGGAGGCGGGGAAGCUCCGGCGACGGCGCCGUCGGGCGGCCCAGCAAGCGAGAAAGCCGAGAUGAAAAUGGCAAGACCCAGAGAGCUGACAGUCUUAUUGUAAAGAAAAUAAAGAAAAAGAAGAAAAAGAAACACAGAGAAGAUAUGAGGGGGAGGCAUCUGAAAAUGUAUAAUAAAGAAGUGCAGACUGUGUGUGCUGGUCUUACCCGUAUCAACAAAGAGAUUUUGACUCCAGGGGAGAGUGAUAACUUGGAAGAAAACAAGGAAUCUUUUAGGUACCUAAAAGAUGAGCAGCUGUGUCAGUUGAAUUUGGGCAUGCAGGAAUAUAGGAUACCCCAAGGGGUGCAGUCUCCAUUUACUACACACCAGGAGCAUUCUGUUCGCAGCAGCUUCUUAAAAACAGGCACUAAAUUUAGUAACUUUAUUCAUGAAGAACAUCAGUCAAAUGGAGGAGCUCUGGUUCUUCAUGCCUACAUGGAUGAACUCUCAUUUUUGUCUCCAGUGGAGAUGGAGAGAUUUGCAGAAGAGUUUCUUGCUUUGACAUUCAGUGAAAAUGAGAAAAAUGCAGCAUACUAUGCUCUAGCUAUAGUUCAUGGGGCAGCUGCCUACUUGCCAGACUUCUUGGAUUACUUUGCUUUUAAUUUUCCUAACACUCCAGUGAAAAUGGAAAUCCUUGGCAAGAAGGAUAUUGAAACAACAACCAUUUCAAACUUUCAUGCUCAGGUCAGUCGAACAUACUGCUGUGGAACCUACAGAGCAGGUCCGAUGAGGCAGAUCAGUCUUGUUGGAGCAGUAGAUGAAGAAGUUGGAGACUAUUUCCCAGAAUUUCUUGAUAUGUUGGAAGAAUCUCCAUUUCUUCGUAUGACUUUACCUUGGGGUACUCUUUCUAGCCUCAGACUUCAGUGCAGGUCACAAAGUGAUGAUGGCCCCAUAAUGUGGGUAAGACCAGGAGAACAGAUGAUCCCAACAGCUGAUAUGCCAAAGUCACCAUUCAAACGGCGGAGAUCAAUGAAUGAAAUAAAAAACCUCCAGUAUCUACCUCGGACCAGUGAACCCCGUGAAGUUCUCUUUGAAGACAGAACAAGAGCCCAUGCUGAUCAUGUUGGGCAAGGAUUUGACUGGCAGAGUACAGCUGCUGUUGGAGUGUUGAAAGCUGUACAGUUUGGUGAAUGGAGUGACCAGCCUCGUAUAACCAAAGAUGUAGUUUGUUUUCAUGCUGAGGAUUUCACAGAUGUAGUUCAGAGGCUUCAGUUGGAUCUACAUGAACCUCCAGUGUCGCAGUGUGUUCAAUGGGUCGAUGAAGCUAAGCUAAACCAAAUGAGGCGAGAAGGGAUUCGCUAUGCUAGAAUCCAGCUAUGUGACAAUGACAUCUACUUCAUCCCUAGAAAUGUCAUUCAUCAGUUCAAGACAGUGUCAGCUGUCUGCAGCUUAGCUUGGCAUAUAAGACUCAAACAAUACCAUCCUUCAGGGGAGAAUUCUCAAAGUACAGAAAGCAUUUCAAAUAUGGACACUAGCAUCUGUGAUGAGACUAAAUCAGAAGGUGCAGAUCGAUGUGUGCUUGUGAAAAAGGAGUCUGAAGAAGUAGGAACAGAAGUACAGACAGCAACAGUGGCGUCACCAUCAUUGUUUUCAUCUCUGUCGUGACUUGUUCUGCAACAAGAUAAGCUGGCUCAGCCCCUUCCAGUUUUUAAACUAGAAUCCGAUCAGCAACACAAGCCACAGGAUGGUCAUAUGUGCUCUCUUGUGUGAUAUGUACAUAAUCAUAUACAUUUUUAAACAGCUUUUUAAAAUUUUGAUGUGAAGUUAUAGUUUUAUAACUGGGUUAUGUUUUAUUGGAGAAAUCUUGCCUAUAAUUCUAUAAAGAAAGGUGACAUUCCAAAAUGUCAAGCAUAUCUUUUUUACACAGAUUAUGCAAAGUUAGAGUUGUAUUUUACUUCCUUAGUACAGCAUGUAGUAGUGGACUACAUUUUUCUUUGUCAUUCAACAUCUCCACAAAUGUUUUUCCCCUCCUUCAGGAACAUUAAGUAUUUAACAUUUGGUAAAUCUGAUACCCCUCCGUCUAUUUUAUCUUUAGCUUUCAGCAUAAAAGUGUUGGUUUCUGUGGAGGAGUCACGAAGUGACUCUCCCAUUUGAUUAGUGGCUUGAAUGAAAGAGAAAGCACAGCACUUUUAAUGAUCAAUGACAUUUGUGUGAGAGAGACUUUGAAAGCCUAGAGAAAGCUCAAGUUACCAGCAGUGUAGAUUAAUCCUAAUUGCUUAUCAGCACCUUCACAAAGAAGCUGAUAUCUGAGAUUAGUUGCAGAGUGUGAUCUUGUUGAAUUGUAAUACCUGACGUAACACUUCCCAUACCUCUGCUUUUAAUGUUUGUGGGAAUAUUACUUUUUAUAUCUUCCCUGACUGCAAAAUGUAAUACUAGUGUCAAAUGAAAGUAACUGUUGGCAGUCUCCCUGAGGAAAUUGCCAUCUUAGAGCACUUUAAGGCUUUACAAUAUUCGAACCAACUUGGUGGCUUGUUCAAUUCACAGCAAGCACCUGAGGUGGAAACCAUAUGUUCCUUUUCAUUGAUGCACUUAAUCCAGUAGAGUAGGCUUCACAGUAUAAAUUGGUUGCCUUUAUUCUCAAGAAUUCUAUAUUGCUGUUUCACAGGAAAUCUCAUGUGUACUGCUAUUUCCACAUGUAACUCUUGGGUACCCUAGUGCUAUGUUGAAAGGUUAAAUGACACUCACUAGUAUGUUCAGUAUCGUUAGCAAGAUUGUUUAGCACUCAUACAAUAUUUCCCAAUGUUAACUAUAGUCAACUUUCAUUCAUUAUUUGUAUGCUGAAUUACAUUUAUUUCUGGUACUAGAAGAGAUGGGCCCUUCACAUGUAGGAUAUAACCUUUGUUAAGGUGUAAUCAUAGUUGUUAAUAAGCAACUCCGUACUUGUGAGGUAGGAGAGAGAUCUGCAGCACUACACAAAUGCAAGUAAGAAAGCAGCUGUGUUUAUUUCAACACAUCUUUAUCAAUCUUUUUGAAAAGAACUGCAAAUAUUAAUCUGUUUCUAAUAGCAAUUACUUUGUGCAAUAUUAUUUUGUGUAGAUUAUAUGCAUAUUAGUACCUCUGCACAGAGGACAGUUUUAAACCAAUAGCAAAAUGAUCAGAAAAUAUUGCAGUGAUUUAGAUAGAACUUGUAUUACUCCUGAUAUAUACAUGUAUAUGUAUUGUCUUCGGUGCAGACUGAAGACAAAUAGAAAAUAUUUCAACUUAAAAUGAAUUUUCAGAUUGGAGUGGUGAUGAAUUGUUAAGUAAUCUGUGUAAAUAAGGUGUUAGGAUGAAAACCUUUUUACAAAAGGUAAUUUUUUUAAUGCAGGAGUGUCGCUUUUAACAAAAUUCUAGAUUGACCAAUACUGGUUCAGAUGAUAACCCCUGUGUACUCUGGCUUUUUCCACUUUUUUACUCUUGUCCAGAAGAAUUUUCAUAAGCUUUAAUAGGCUCUGCAAAGUAAAAUUCUUCACAGGCAAUACAAGUUUCAGUGCAUGAUUUAUAUUUGACCAAGUCCAUCUUUAUUUUUGCAUUUCUCUUCCAUCCAUUUUACUAGUCUUCCAAGCACUGAUUUCCCUUUACCCAUGCAUUGCACAUAGCUAUAUCAACAAAUAUAACACUGGUCUUUACAACUUAGCAUGAAAACAGCACUGUGUAUAAUCACUCAGGAACUGGAAUUUUAAAAAAAAAGUUCUUACAGUUGAAGGGAAAACUGUUAUCUCUUUGUCCCAAAAUAAAAAUUUGACAGAAUUUAAACAAACAAAUUCUAACAAUGUGUACUCACAGAAACUCCAUUCCCACGUAACAAAAAAUAAUACAUGGACAAACUUCUGUGACCCUUUCUAAGCUUCUAGAUUGUAUUCUGCCCUCUAUGCAGCCAGGAGAAUUUCUGCUAAGUUUGCUUUUU